UUGUUAACCAUAUAAUUUUUUUAAGGGCUUCUGAUUAUGUUUAGUGAAUUUAAUUUCUUUUUCUUCUAAUUUUUGUGUUUGAGUUAAUAGUAGUCCUUUGUGGGACUAAUUUGUGAUUUUUGCUUGUGUUCGUUAUAAUGCCAGCGAUCAGUACCUUUUUUGUGUAAAAAUCACGGUAAGUUUAGCCUUUGAAGGAAAUCAAAGUUAUUUUCAAUGGUUAAUCAAAUAGCAUAGCCAGUUUUCUAGGUAUUGUUUAUGUGAUAUUGAGUUGUUUGAAUUAAUAGGAAUGGGGAUUCAAACAAUGGGAUCCCAGAGUAAUGGCCAGCAAUCUCAUUUGCAGCCAUCUUCACUGAUGAGGCAGAACUCAUGGUAUGGUCUUACUCUUAAUGAAGUCGAAAACCAGUUAGGUAACCUUGGGAAACCCCUUGCUAGUAUGGACCUUGAUGAACUUCUUAAUAAUGUGUGGAGCACCGAGUCAGAUAUGUUGACAGGGAUGGACACUGAAAGCACCUCGUCUGCAUCCUCUCUCCAACGUCAUGCCAGCCUUGCAUUGGCUAGAGCUUUGAGUGGUAAGACAGUUGACCAAAUUUGGAUUGAGAUACUACAAGGGCAGAAGAAGAGGUAUGGUGAUGAGAUGAAGGGACGGGAAAGAGAGAUGACCCUUGGUGAGAUGACGUUGGAGGACUUCUUAGUUCAAGCUGGGCUUUUCAUUGGGGAAACAUCUUUUGCUCCUACCAUAGACAGCACUGAUGUAGGGACCCCAAAAAGCUUUCCGCAGCAAAUGGUCUUAUCACCUCCACCAUCCAUUGGUGGUUUAUCAGACACAACAGUUUCAGGUCACAAAAGGGAUGCCCAAGAUGCAUUUGAGAUGACUAUUGAGAGGAAGUUAAGAAGAAAGAUCAAGAACAGGGAAUCUGCUGCGCGUUCACGAGCCAGAAAACAGGCAAGCCUUUGAACUUGAUGUUUUGCCCUAAUUUAUUUAUUUACUUUUGAUAUUUCCCUAAUUCUCUGUUUUUGUAGUAUACUUGCUUUUAUUCACCCAUGUAACUUUAGCUGGUUUUGAACAGGCUUACCAUAAUGAGCUGGUGAGCAAGGUUUCUCGCCUAGAAGAGGAAAAUGUGAAACUCAAGAAAGAGAAGGAAUUUGAAAAUAAGUUUCCAUGCGAACCAUCAACUGAACUGAAAUACCAGCUAAGAAGGACAAGUUCAGCCUCUUUCUGACUCAUCUUCUGGUGUUAUGAAUUUUGUAGUGGCUUAAAUGUUAGGGCUCCCCUGUGAUGUUUGCGUUUCUCAAUGAAGCAGCUUCAAAAAUUAUGCAGGCUGGUUAUUGCUCAUGUUACUAAUCCACCCAUGUACGACCAACAGGGUUUGGCUUCUUGUACAUCCAUGAUUAAUAUCUUGGCACUCAUACAGCAACAAAAAGGCCAUUGUUUAUAAGUACAGGCUGUCUUUUUGGCUGAGAGACUGGAAGAAACUAUGCUUCUUAGCUUGUUUUAGUUUCUUUGAAGUAAAAAUGAAAAAGAAAA